AUGCAUGGGAACGCAGCCGUCCAGAGACAGGGCUGGCUGCCUCUGCAAAUUUUCCUUGGAUCGGAAUCAGCUCCAUUGAACGCACCCGAGAACUUGUCUAGGAUCGAGUCCUGCCGCUGCAAAACCCCACCCGCAUUCACCGCAGCCUACUCGCAAACAAGCAGGCGUGUGCGAGGUGCAGAUCUCAGGAAGUCCACUGGGUAUGUAAUGAGUGUGUGAUUCUGUGCGUGGUGCACGUUUACUCGGGAAUAAGCCCCGUUUGGACUUCGGGUUAUUAUUUUCAUUCUGGAUUUAAGACGGGCUUGCAACUGGGACGGGAGCACGUUGCAAGCAGAACACCACUUACUCGCGAAUAAACCGGCAGCCUCCCCGGGACUGUCCCACCGCGAGCGAAUUACUUGCAAGCAAGUUUUCCCAAACUGCAAUCAAGUAGCGCUUCACUCCCCAAAGCGGGGGUCCUUAGGGCGCCAGUGGAUCCCCCUCGAGGCUUGCUCCCGAGGAAACCCUUUGCCCGGCUCCCAGUGGCCGCCCUGCGCCUUUAAGACCUCUCCCCGUCUUCCCCCCUCCGCUUUCCCUCCGCCGGGGGUGGCACCGCCUCCCCGCCCCUCAUUAGCGCUGACAUCAGCCUUAAAAGUCCCAGCUUUGGGCGUGGAGGCGCAACGCAAGACGCGGCUUGAUCGACCCGGUGUCUCGCUCGCAACAGCGCCUGCGACGCCCCGGUGGGAAGGUAAGGGGACGCUGCGGCAGAGAGGGGCCGGGGUUCAGCCUUAAGCUGCGCUCGCUCCGUCGGGGAGCUGUGGUCCAAGCCGCCGCGCUCUGCACAUGUGCUGGUGAACUCUUCUCUCUCUCAGCGUGGUCUGUUCCGUGCCUGAGUUUCCAAGAGAGGCCUCGGUCCUGAUUUUCAGAGGGCAGAGCCGGAGGAGAAGGGCGAUAUAUGCAAUGCUGUGCAGAUAAUUGUGGUUCAUAAACCGCGACACCCAAAUAGUUCCCACCCCGGUUUAAGGCGUGGGACGGGUCGGGGGUGGGUGCUUUGGGAGAACCAAAAAAAGAGAGAGAGACUUGGAGCCCCCUUUUCGUGUGGGGAGAAAGAGGGUUGUGGGCAGGCUAUUUUUCCCUAAUUAUGUGCGGUCUUUUCAAAUCGAUCGCCACCCUUUCUGCUACAGGGGAGGUCUGGUCUGAAAGUAAAGAGUCUGGGUGCGUUUUCCGAAGUUUUAGGGUAAACGGCGCUCCGGUCUAAGGGGCUCCUGUGUAAACGAUGUAUUUCCCGCCCCCCUCCCCGCCCAGUCGCCCUGUUCUGUUUGGGGAACGGCCAAAGCUCAGUGGCGGAAUAUUUGCUUUGCUUUCAGAAGGUUCUAUUUCCCCGAUAGGAGUGAGUCCUGUCUCUAAUCCUAGAGCGCUGCUGCCAGUCAGUGUAGACAAUACUGAGCUAGGUGGGCAGCAUCUAAGGCAUCUUUCGAGGCCCUUUGAUUUGCCUUGCCCCGCAUCUAAACGCCGGCCUGUGCGAACAUGUGCGUUGCGGGAUGAUGUCACCUCCGCUACUCUCCUUUGAUUCAUCAACCGGAUUAUAGGUAUUCACUGCCAUAACACCAGAAACUAGGUGGCUGUGACCCUUAGUCUCCUUGCUUGAAAGUGAUGUCAUAGAAUUGUAGAGUUGGAAGGAACCCCAUGGGUCAUCUAGUCCAGCCCCCUGCAAUGCAAGGAUAUUUUGCCCAAAGCAGUACUCGAACCCAGAACCCUGAGAUUGUGAGCCUCGUGCUCUACCGACUGAGCUAUUGCAGCUGUACGUAUCUUUCACUUACUCCUACACACGUGUGCGUGUGUGUGUACACUUGACAAAAUUUAAUCCAAAGAAAAUAUGUUUAGGACAAGAGCGCUCAUCCAGACUAAGCUACACUUAAAUCCUAGGCACACUUAAACGGCAGCCUAACUCUUCUUGCCUGGGAGCAAGCCCAUUUGAGUUCAGUGGGACUUAACUUGUGAGUAGGCAUGGCUAGGAUCGGUGCCCGAACUUGGGAGCCAGCCCCACUGAAAGCAACAGGGCUUGCUACUGACUGUACGUAGGACUGCGUGUACAAUUUUAUUUUGGAGUUUUUAACUUGUUGGAUAAAGUUUCUCCUGAGCGUACUUUCACCCCUCUUUGGCGCUUCUUUGCAACUCCCCCCCCCCCCCGCCAGCCCAAUUUGCUCUAUCUCCCUUCCAAUUUUGGGUAUGCUCUGGAUUGGAAUCUCUACUGGGUUUUUCAGUGGGGCCUGCCUCACCCGCGCCAAAAUCUGUUAUCAAUGGGAUAGAGCAGGCGGAGGGGGAAUGUGGUUUCCUAACUCUGUGCAACUGCUUUUGAGUAAUGAGGUCUGAAUGAGUAAUUGUCUCUAUUUAUGCAGGAAAAAAAGGAGGAGGGGGGGAGAGAGGAAUUUGAACCGCAUCACUGAGCAGACCCUCUCCUGGAAAUGAGACAAUUUGGCAAUGUCUCCUUGCAGACUGUCUUUUGCUUCUUUCAACUGAGGCACGUCCUCGACUGAUCUCUGACGGAGGUCGGAAUGUAGGGAUGACGAAACUGUGGGGGGGGGGGCAGUGAAGUUUUCUUCUGAGCCCGCUUCCAGUCUACGCAAGAAAGGGACUGAGUUGCCCUGAUGAUGACUCCUUAGGGAAGGAUUUCAGCCGCCCCAGGGCUGUGGUCACAAAACAGAAGAAGUCUAGUUACUUUUCUAGUGGGAGAUAACAAGGUGGGCAGAAAGGCAUGUGUGGGUUCCGUUGUUACCUUGUGGAACUCCUUGCCACAGGAGGGAGUGGCGGCGGUGGCUGCUCAGUUAUGGCAUUGGUAUAAUAAUAAUAAUAAUAAUAAUAAUAAUAAUAUUUUAUUUAUAUCCCACCCUCCCCAGCCAAAGCCGGGCUCAGUAUAGCACUGUGGCUGAGGAUGAGCUUGAGAUCAGGGGACCUUGCCUUUUCAAAACUCUCUCUCUCUUUGUCUCAUGCUCACUAGGUGGUUUUAGGUGUGCCUCAUGUCCACAUACUGAGAUGAUAUUUGCUUAGGCCACAAGGCACUUGUAAGGGUUUCAGUUUUAUACAGGAGAGUGAAGUAUCUUUCGUACGAUUUAAGCCCAGCCUUGUCCAUGAAUAUUGUUUUCAUGGGUUUUGACCCACGAUAGAGCCUCCAUAGCAAGGCCCAGUGUAUCCUGGAUUUCUAGGUACUGGCAUAGGCCCUAACUCAUGAGCUUCUCAUAUCACGGGGAGGCUGUGCCCCUCUGGAAGUUGUUUAAUUCCAACUCUCAUCAGCCCCAGCUAGCAGGACCAAUGGUCAGGGCUAAGAGGAACCACAGAGUCCAGUAACGGUUACAUGUUGGCUACUGUCAUGGAUGCUUUAGGUGAGAUUCCUGCAUUGCAGGGGGUUGGACUAGAUGACCCUAGGGGUCCCUCCCAACUCUGUGAUUCUGUGACCCUCCCAAAUACAGGGUAAGCAGGAUGGGGGUGUAGCCCAAAGGUGGCUCUCCUGUUUUGCAUGCGGAUGACCCCAGUUUUGAAUUCUGACAUGUCCUUUUCACAGAUCAGCAGCAGAUAAUAAGGGAGAAGUCCUUUAGCCCUGUGGCCUUGGAGAGUGACUGCUGCAUAGGCAGCAGUGAGUUAGGUGGAACUUUGAUCUGAUUAACAAAAAUUCAAAAAGUGUUCAGGGCUUGCCUCUGCCUUAAAAACUUGCAAGGCCCUUGGCACGCUUUCAGAUGUUGAAAGGCAAAAGUAAUGUGUGGAUGCAGCAGACCCGUGUAGAACUCCCCUGAUAUGUUUUCAGCUCUGUGUUUCACCUGGGAAGCAAACCUGGUUUUAUGUCUGUAAUGUGGAUACUGCUGACAACCUGAUAAGACAGGUCAGAAUUGCUUUGGGUGCUGGAAGAGAGUUAUAAAACUCCAGAUGCAUAUUGAAUGUUCUAGGUGCCCUGACUUUUGUAGUCUUUGAUAUGCUGACAUUGAGGCUGAAGUGGGCUCCUUGUUUUGUGCAGCCUGAAUAAGGAACUGGAGUUGGCACACCCCUGCACCCCAAAAUAAGCUCUGGGCUAACUUAUACCAUAAACCUCCAUGACCUGGAAGCUGCCUCCUUUCAGCUACACCCCCAUUGUCUCCCAAAGCUAUGCAAGCAAUUGGCACACAUAUAGAGCUGGUAAUUGAUGCUGCAUUGUUUGAAAUGGGUGUGGAACACCCUGAUAAUAAGGGAUAGGACCCGUUUUAAUUUUAAGCAAAAGGAAACCGCCCUAUUUCUUGCCUGCCUUCUCUCCUCCAGUACACACACAGCUUCCUUGGUUAGACUUGGGUCAAUUCUGCAAUGGGAGCCUUGGGCCCAGGAAGUCAUAAACCAGGGGUGGGGAGCCUUGGGCCGAGGGGCCAAUGGUGGCCCUCAAAGCCUCUCUAUCCAGCCCUUGGCAUUCUCCCCAGGCCAUGCCCCUCAUAAGGCCCUGAAUAUUUUUGCUGGCUGGAAUGUGCCUGAUAAUGCUUCUUGCUUCAAGGCUGGGUUGUGGCUUUCCUUCAGGUUCUGGAGCCUGAGCUUCAUCUAAAAUCACUUGUAGUCAUGCAGAUCAAGGCUGGCUUUGGGUCUGAAGAGGCGUUUGGCAGAGCGUCUCGGGUGGGCAGAGGGCUCUUCCCUAGGUGGGCUUCCCUGUCAAGGGUCUUGGUGGUUGGCAAUGAGCUGGGAUACCCACAAUGCCCUGCUAGGUAGUAGUGCUAUUCCCAGGGCAUUGUGGGGAAUCUUGCAAUGGCAGGUGGCACUCAGACCCAGCUGUCCAGUGAUCCAUACAGGUGACCAUGAGGAUGGAAAUGGAUGAUUGACACAGCUGGGUACGUGUGUGAUUUAUUAACUCGCCUUUUAACAUGGGUGCGUAUGUCUGUGUCUUGCACAUUGGCCUAUGUUACUGUGGUUAGCAGUUGCCUGGUUGAGGUGUGUGUUUGUGGGGUGGGUGUUGAACACAGCCUAAAUAAGCACAGCCCUUGACAGGGUAAGUUGCUGCUGUUGUUGACGGCAUAAAUCAAGCGGUAAAUCUCAGCCUGGGCUGUACCACCUGCAGUUGCAUUGCAGCCGUCACAGAUGGUGGCAGCACUUCCUGCAUGGUGGAGAGGCUGUGAGGCCGAACUUUAUCUCUGGUGUUAGAUUUCUACAUACAGUAGCAGGCAACUCCCCGUUUACAUGGGGGCUGAUUUCUGAGGAACUGUAUGUUUUAAAUGAAAUUGCAUAUAUUGGGAACACCAUUGGAAAAGCCUGCAAACACCCUCUAAACCUCUGGAAACCCUCAAAAAACCAUUUAAAAACAAAAAAUCCACAAAACCCCACCAUGGUCGCUCCCUCAAAGCCCCCUUGCUCAAACUCCCAACUCUCCACAGGACUCAAAGGUUGGUGCAAAGGCUUCUGGGAUUGCGAGGUACAAUUUUUGCCAUUUCGUGCUAUUUUUAAGGCCGUUUUUGCCCCCUUUUGUGCCGUUUCUUGGUUCACAGUGAUAUGUGCAUGCGCUUGUCUGUACACAGGGACUACUUCUCCCUAACACCGUCACCUGCUGAAUGAUGGGGCAGUGAAGCAUUUAAUACUGCCUGGUAUACCAGAGCCAGCAAAUGGGGGGGGGGGCGGACAUGCAUGUGGUGGGUGGGCAACAGGUGUGAGCUUUACUUUGCCUGCAUUCCAUUAAAAUUGGAGGCUUGAGGUUUCCUUGCCUCUGCCUUGGAAUGUACAACCUGAGCCUCUGCUUAUCGCUUCUGGAGAGUGAGGAAGGGAAUUAGCUAACUUGAUUGCUACUUCCUGGAAUUGGUGGAGUGGCUGAGUCCACCUCCAGAAAUGGAGACGGGAGGGGUGGCUGAGAGCAGGCCUUGCGAGGCCUUGUUGUGAAAUGGCAGAGGCCUGAACUCCGGGAUCCCGUGUUUAUUAGGCACCUCUCCUUAUUACCUUCAAUGCAAAUGGGGAAGCUCCCUUUCCCAUGUCACUAGCAGGUCAGCAUUUUAUUUUAAUUCUACUAAAUUAAAAUAUGACUAGAGCUUGAUUAAAAUAAUUAAAGUUGGCUGCAGCAGAGGAAGCCAGGAGCCGCAAGCUCUGCGUGUGUUAUCUGUCCUCUUUCCAGGAUCAGCGGUUUGGUUUGGUUUGUUUUGGAAAAAGGUGUGGCUCAGACACAAAUCCUGGCUUUCUUUUCUUAAAUAAACGUUUAACUGACUCUGCUGCCUUGGAGGGUGUGUAGGUCCUAGAGAAUCUCAAUUCCACCCCCCACCCCCGUCCGCACUCCAUUGUUGUUGCCAAGGUGGGGUUUUAAUCUGGUGCCUUUUGGAUUUUAACAGCAACCAAACAGGUGGGAAUGACCUCUGCAGACCCCUUACUCAAGGUGUUGGCAAGUGGAACAAAUUCCUCGCCUCCUAGGCACACGUGUGCGCAAAAGUAUGGGCAAAGUAAACUUUUCUAAACCCAGGCAGUGCUCCUGAGCAUGUGUAAAGAACUGGGUUGCUUCCAGGUGACCUGUUUGCUAAGCAUUCCUUCUGAUUUGUUUGCGCAAAUUUUGUGGGGAGGUUAGUAAAUAUCGGCUAUAUAUUGAGCAUUCAUUAUGGUUUGUUCUUGGCGAGCUUUCAAUUGCGUCAGUUAGCUCGUUCGUGUCCCAUUUUCCAGUGCGUUUCCCUGUCUCCUUUAUUGAAAAAAAGUCUGUUGUUUUUAAAAGUUGGGUUAAGCAGUUUUGUUGUGCCAAAUCAAUUACUUGCCACAACCUGAAUUUGCUGGUGUGAUUUGAACCCCACCUGAAAAUAGAGACUGUCUGGAAGCACCCUGGAUCUCUAGUGUGAAGAACAUGCUUGCACAUCUACCCAGCACAUGCGCCGGACGAUUUUGUCCAUCCUGAACUUGGGGGGGGGCCUUCCAGCGACUCAAGACAGACCUGCAGAUGGCUGUGCUGCUAUGGGGUUAGAAUUUUGAGGUAUUGCUAAGAGGCGGCGGUCACAAAAUAGUUGGCCAUGGUGGCGGGCAGCGGGAGCAUGAAAUAGCGCAGAUUAAAAGAGAGAGCUGAUUCCGACAGCCUUGUGCUUUUACCAUGGGGUGCCAGCUGUGUCCUGCUGGUCCUGACUGUGGAGAUCUCACAGUAUUGAUUUUACAGACAUGCACACACAACAGCCAGCAUCCUCGUUACCAGGAAAAACAUAUACAAGAUACCGUAUUUUUUGCUCUAUAGGACACACUUUUCCCCCUCCAAAAAUUAAGGGGAAAUGUGUGUGCGUCUUAUGGAGCGAAUGCUUGGCUUCAGCGAAAGCAACACGAAGCCUACGAAGCGCAGAGGGAGCGCUCCCUCCGCGCUCUGGAGGCUUCGCGCUGCUUUCGCUGAAGCCUGGAGAGCGAGAGGGGUCGGUGCGCACCAGCCCCUCUCACUCUCUAGGCUUCAGGGAUAGCCGCCUGAAGCCUUCGGAGUGCAGCACGAGUUCCCACUGCGCUCCGCAGGCUUCAGGUUCCUUUCGCUGAAGCCUGAAGAGCAAGACUCUCCUGCCUUCAGCAGAGAGGGAGAGCUGCGCAGCGCCCCCUCAGCCAAGCGGGAGGAGAAAUGGAAGGGGCUCCGUUUCUCCUGCCGCUUUGCUGAAGGGGCGCUGAGCAGAGAGGGGGAGAAUUUUUUUCCCCUUGUUCUCCCCCUCUAAAACAAGGUGCGUCCUAUAGAGCGAAAAAUACGGUACUUGUACCACCCUCUCUCAUUUCAGAAACCGCUUGGAAAGUACCUGAACAUUUUACCCCAUGACUUCCUUUCUAGGAGGGUUAAGGACGAUUUGUAAAAAAAAGAAAACGAAAGCUUGAAAUCUACAGCACCAUUGAAAGCCUUCCCUGUGUGGCAGAUCCUCGAUCAAGGGGAUCGCAAGGCUGGAUUUGCAUGUUGGAUCAAACUAAGGAGCAUUCUUGGUAGCUGAUCUCAUCAAUAGCUAAUCUGUGUCCCCUCUGGAUAGAUGUUCCUCCGCUACAACUCCCAUCAACCCAUUUAGCAAUUAGCUUACCUAUCUGAGUUUCUGACACUGCAACCCUGACUGCUGCCCAUGAUGGCUAGAAUUGGAGUUCAACAUCUGGGGGGUGGGGGCAGGUUAAGAUGCCCCUGAUUAGACCUGUCGGCAGCUGAGCCUCUGUAUUCAGGAGCAGUCUACCCCUGAAUGCCAGAGAGCAGCUGCCCUGCUUGUGAACUUCCCACAGACACCUGGCUGGUUGCCUGAGGCCUGGCAGGGGUCGUUGGGGGGGUGGCACGAAGACGCUGGCGGAACAGGCCUGUAUGAGUCUGGCUGAGCUGUCUGUGGCCUCUUCCACCCAAAUUAGGCCUUAUGGGACCAAGAGUGCAAGGAAAGGUUUGUAUAAAUAUGAGUAAAAUGUUUGUUUUUUUUCACACACACACCCGGGACCCCAUAAGCUGCAGCUCCUGCCUUUGGCCAUCUUCCACUGCCCUCCCUACUUUUGCAGAGAGAAAAAAUGUGCCUUUUUUGGCAAGGGCUACUGUGGCUUCAGAAAAAAGCUGUACUGGAAGAGGAGGCAAGAGAUGGGGUGAGCCGGGGUGUUGGCUGCGGUGCUUAAUCACGCUUUUGAGAACUGCCACUUCCCUCGCCUCUUGCACAUAAAAGGGAAAAGUAGCUGUUACUUGGAAUGCGGGCGAAAAGAGAUCUUCUUACUCCUCCGGCAUCUGGGGCUAGGCCAGGUUCAUGAAGGGGGAAAAGAAAGAGGAGGAAACACAGGCUAAUAAAAUGUCCAAAUACCCCUGACUCCCUAGGCUAUCUCCUCUCUUCAUCCUUCGGAAAGCUUGCGCUGUUAAGCGGCAAUGGAGGAAUGAAACACAAUCCUGUACCUUAAAAAAUAAUAAUUGCAGAAUUUUAUUUAUCAUUCUUAUAUGUGCUGGAAGCUGCCCAGAGUGGCUGGGGUGUAAAAAUAAUAAUUAAUGCAUUUACACCAUGCCUUUUUCUACAAGGACCUCAAGGUGGCAUACAUCAUUCUUCCCCUUCCUCCGUGAAAUUGGUCCAAGGUCACCCAGUGAGUUUCAUGGCAGCUUGGGAAUUCGAACCCUAGUCUCCCAGGUCCUAGUCUGGCGCUCUAACCACUACACCACCCUGGCUCUGUGAUUCUCCAAUGUGCCCUUGCUUGACGAUUCCCCAUGGGUUUUCUCCACCCUGCAUUCCUUAGAAUGCCUAGGCGCCAUUUAUUUUGUUCCAGUGAGAUUUGCUAUUAUUUUAAUUCUUCAUUUCAUUUCUAUACUGCUUUAUAUGUUAAAGAAAUAAAAUCACAAAAGUGGAGACGUCGGUCACCAGCCUGGUAUCCAGAGAUCUCUACAUGUUCGCAGAUUAGACCUGUACCAGUAGCAAAAUGCACCUGGCUAAUUUCUGACACUGCUUCCGAGGGCCGCAUGACAGUCGUGAGCAGGGCCAGAGGCAAAAGCAGGUGGGACGCUGAAUGCAGAUUUUACAUUUCCUCAGUAGGCCUGUUCUGAGCCUUUCGCACACAUUUGUGUCUCUUUCCUCAGCUCAAGCCAGCAAGAGGCAUUGUCAGAGUUCAGGGACAGAUUUCCAACCAGGCCCAAAACUUUGAGGAAUGUAUUUAGGUGGGGCAGGGAGGGGUCUGUCCUGGGGAAACCACAUGUGAGCUGGGGAGAGCCUCAGGGGCCAGACGGAGAGGCAUGGAGGGCCACCUCGGGCCUGAGGCUCCCCACCCCUGCCUUAGCCUCUCAGGUGGCGUAACCAGGGGCAACCAUGGCCUCUACAUCCUUUUAAGGACCCAUGAAAUGGGUUUUGUGUCAGCAGCCUUGCAGGAUGUUUGAGAGCCUUUGAGUACGUAAUGAGGCGUGGGCGAGGCUGGAAGAAGAUGCUCUCUUCUUACCUCGGCGAGAAAAACCCAAACUGGCAGAGUCGGGAACGUGAGACAGUGUGCCAGGAGACAUUUGUGGAUGGAAAAGGAAUGCUAGUGUGCAGAUUAAAAUUAAGGCCGUCAUUCUCAGAAACCUGUCUGCUGCGUUGGUGUGAUAAAUUGUGCUGGCUUUAGGAACAUGGGGAUCUGCCUGGCACUGAGUCAGGCCAAGGACUGACAUUGCCCACACGGACUGGCAGCGUCUCUUCAGGGUCUCCUGCAGGAAGUCUUUCCCAACCCAAAGUGGAGAUGCCAAGGAUUGAACCCAAGGCCUUCUGCAAGCAAAGGCAGAUGUUCCGACGCUGAACCCUUCCUUCUGGGUAACCCAGAGGAUGGGUAAAAUAACUUUUUCCACUCUCUACUCUAAACACAUGCCAAGCUUCUUCUGGUUUUAUAAGAUAUUUUAAUUCAGAGAAAGUCUCUCCCAUCAGAUGUUUAACUGUCCUGGCUGGGAAGUAUCCAUAUUGGAAAGGAAAAGUUCUCUUUUUCUUUCAGAAGCCUGUUAUUCAGUGACUUCAGUGUAAAAGUGGGACGUUUGUUUUGAAAGCACAUCGUGGCAGGAUUGGUCGGCAUCACCUGCCUUAGUUAGAGUUCCUUUGCGGUGUCUCUGCUCUGUCAGUUAAACUGGCCCCAGUUUUUCACCCAUUUUACAGCUGAGAAAACAGAGGCUGGCAAAUGCCUUGUCAAAGGGUUCACACCUUUUGGGUACAGGCACACUCAGAAGUCAACAGUUGCCUAGUAGAUGGAUCUGUAAGCUGGACCUGACCAGAACACAACAGCAAAUCUCCCCCACCUUGCUGUUCACAGGGCUGUGUUUACCUUAAAAAUAAGCUGCUUUUCAGUGUAACUUGAAGCCCUUAGGGUGGCUAUAUAUUAACCAAAGGUGUUUUUUUCAACCCCUCACCAGUUCAUUGGUUAAAAACCUGGACUAGUGCCACCACAAAGAAUUCUGCCACAGUUGUGAGUCUCACAACUCACAGCCUUAAAUGACUCUUGCACUUUUUUCCGUGUUGCCACAAUCUCCCUUACCUGGCACAUCUUCCCACAAAACCCAGCUUCUUUUCCUACAGAGCUGGCGCUGCCAGAUAAUAAGCAACAAUCUGAGACUAGGAGGCCCCUGGCAUCAUCCAGAUUUAGCAUGUCCAGGCUUGCUUGGUGUCUGUCGGGCUGACGGGUAAAGGACGGCUUAGUGUGGUCAGCAAAUUCCAAGCAAGGCUGAAGGCCCGUAGCUUGGUGUUGCUAGCCUGUGCUUGGUGCUCAGAAGGCUCCAGGUUCAAGUCCCAGCAUCUUGGAGUGGGCUGAGAAAGACCCCGUCCUUAUUAUUCAAAUGGAUGAAUGGAAUAAACAGCUGGGGCGGAGACUGGCUGUUGGCUUCAAAACCUGGAAUGGAGAGGUGAUUUGCCAGGGUGUUUUCCGUGGGCUCUUUCACCUGGAAGAGGCGCUGCCUGCAUGAUGCAUUCAUCCCUGCCUCUUUCAUGCGUCACCGUAUCAGGGCAGGGAAAGCUGGGGUUGCAAUAUUAUACUGCGGUUGCAGGGGGGGGGCAGCUUAUGGCUGCUGCAGGACACCCCAUCUGGAGCCAGAGCAGGGACAAACCUUUCCUUCCUCAGCUGCUUCUGGGGCCCACAUAUAUAUAUAUAAUAUCUUGGACUGUGCUGCUGAAAUGGAGCAGGCUUGAACCAAACUGUAGCUUUAUUGGCUUGGAACAUCUAUUUGAAAAGGAAGGAAGGCCUUGCAGCAACCUAUUUAUGAGCCAUAAUGACAGGCAGAGAUCGGAGGCUGGGAGAGUUUUACAGGCAGCCGCAAUUGAGACUGAAUGGUGGAUCUACAUAAGUGUAACUGCCCAAUAAAACGUCAGCAGCUGCAGCCUUUGUGCUUCAUCCAGAUGCCCCAAAGGAUUUCUGGAGGAUGUUCUCUCUCCCUCUCUCUCUCUCUCUCUCUCUCUCUCGCUCUCGUAAUAGACUCUUCUUGGCUGACCUACCCUGGAUUAGACUUUUUAACAUCUAAAUCCAUGUAUUUGAACAUGAACCUGGCAGGGGGUUCUGAUCGCUUGCUUUAUUCUACUUAUAUUCCAUGUUUCCUCCAAGGAGCUCAAGUUGGUCCAGCACACCGUUCUCCCCGCACAACCACCCUGCAAGGUAGCUUAGGCUGAGAGAAGUGAGGGGCACAAAGUCACUCAGCGAGUUUCAGGGUUGUGAAACCUAGACCUGCCUGGUCCUUGUCUGGCACUCUAAGCACUAGACUGGCUCUUUAACUCUUACCAGCAUACAGGUAACCCCCUCUAUUUCAGAAAAUGAGAGGUGUGUUCCAAAUGAGCCAGUGCAGGACAGUGUGGCCUGGCAGGAGAGUGGGGGGGGGGGUAAAGAGGGGGGUAGUCUGGAGAAAGUCCCAAGGGUCAGAGAGAGAGAGAGAGAGAUACCUGGGGGGCUGCAUUUGGCCCCUAGAAUCAAGAUCACCCGCCCUCUGCUCUAGAGCAAAACUCUUCCCCUUGGCUCACUGUUGUUGGUAUCCAUCUGUCUCAAGAGACAAUGGAGUGUGCCUCUAGGUGUGAAGUCAAACCGCUGGAGAAUCGCGGCGCCUGCUGUGGCUGCAGAGACUGGUAACUUGUAACGGCUGCCUCUUGCAUUGUUUUUGCUGCCUUGGCAGCACCAAAGUGACCUUUCCAGGCGCAAGCCUGGGCAGUGUGCAUGGAGGACGUGGGCUGGCAUUUACAGAGGUUGUCUGGUGGGGUGGAAGGCAGGAGGGAAACCAAGGAUAGGAGAAGCCAGAGCCAAUGAUAGACAGAGGCAGCUCCUGAUUGGUUGUAAGAUAGAAGGCAGACCGGUUGGUGGGUCAGCACACUGUUUGCCCUUGUGGACCAGCCUCCAUGGGGCAGCUGCCUUCAUGGCUUGCAGGCUGCCUGCAGAAGCAAACAGUAGCUUUAUAGCAGGUUUGUGGAUGAGUCCCUAAAAGUACUGGCACAUGCAACAUAGCUGUCAACGUUUUCCUUUUUUUAAGGGAAAUUCCCUUAUUCCGAAUAGGAUUCCUCGCAAGAAAAGGGAAAAGUUGACGCUAUGCAUGCAAAUCCUUGUCUACCUUGCAUAGCUUGGCUGGUCACUCAGGUGGUCCAGAUAUCUACAGUGUUUCUCUAGCACCAUCAUCUCGUUAACAAAGAACAGGAAUAAACUAAAACCAGUGCUUUUUUUUCUUUAAAAAAGUGUUUAGGGGUACUCUCAUUUUGGCUGAAGAAAAUCACCACUUUGUAGUUCAAAUUGGGAAAAAUAAAUACAGUAAAUGGACAAAAGGCCGCCAUCAUGGGUAUGCGUACCCCUGCGUCGCCUCAGAAAAAAGCACUAACUAAAACCUUUAAAGUACUAUAUAGUGAUGUUAAACCAGCAAUAGAAAGUGGUAGCAAUUUUUUAUUUUAAGCUGGACAACUAAAACAUUUUCACCUUUUGCAAAAGCGCUGGAGCACAGGCUGUGAAAUGUGGCCUUGCAAGGGCCAGACAGUGUGGCCUGGGGGGCUGCACUGGACCCCACCUCUGAAUUAGGCACGUAGGCUUUUAAAAAAAAAAUCUACACCAGUUGCGCGAGGAACCUCUGGCCCUACACAUAUUGCUGAACUACAAUUCCCAUUGGCCAUGCUUGCUAGGGCUGAUGGGAGUUAUAGUACAGCAGCAUUUGGGAGCCACAGGUUCUGCACUCCUGAGCUAGGGGCAGUAUAAUGGCUAGAGCAGCACAGCCGGCUUGGUGUCCCUAGGUGACCCCCCCUUUCCUCCUUUCCCCUUCUUAAUGGCUGGGAUGGGGAAAGGGUUUCCUGUUUCUUUCCUAAACGUUCUUGCUGGCACAUUUGAUCUGGCUCCAGAGUGGUCUCUGCUGUAGGUUAACUGCAGGAAAAGCCUUGAGAGUCCCCUCUCCCUCCCCGCAAAGCCUUGCCGGUUCUAGGAAUUGUCCCUAUCUGAAACCUCCUUUGCUUCCUGAUUGCUAACUUGGCCCUGUGCCUGCCUCUUCUAGGGUGGCUUCCGCUCUGAAAUCCGGUGGGGCCUCUCUGCGCUCUCUAGAUGAUUGAGUUUGAUCUUUGAGCAUUCUGGCGCUCUUUUUCCUCCACUGCAUGACCCCGCAUUGCCCUCUGCUUGGCAAAUGGUUGCUGCAAAAGGGCAGGCAAACCUGGCACUUGGUAAAGUAAAGGGACCCCUGACCAUUAGGUCCAGUCGUGCCCGACUCUGGGGUUGCAGUGCUCAUCUCGCUUUGUUGGCUGAGGGAGCCGGCGUACAGCUUCUGGGUCAUGUGGCCAGCAUGACGAAGCCGCUUCUGGCGUACCAGAGUAGCGCACGGAAACGCCGUUUACCUUCCUGCCGGAGCGGUACCUAUUUAUCUACUUGCACUUUGGUGUGCUUUCGAACUGCUAGGUUGGCAGGAACAGGGACCGAGCAACGGGAGCUCACCCCAUGCGGGGAUUCGAACCGCCAGCAUUCUGAUCGGCAAGUCCUAGGCUCUGUGGUUUAACCCACAGCACCACCCGGACACUUUUUUCCUGAUUGCUUGGGGUGAAGGGAAAUUGCCUGCAGGUGAUGAUCAGAUGGGGAGCUUUCUCUCUCUCUCUCUCUCUCUCUCUCUCUCUCUCUCUCUCUCUCUUUGCCCAGCUUUGUUUCCCUUGCCUUCUAGCUGGGGCUGGGAACUUGUUCAGUGGAAAGCCUCCAUGGGCUGCCUUAAUAGAGGCACCAAACAGACACACAUCACAUGCCCUGAACACAGAUGCGCACCAAGGACUGAGAUGAGCUUUAGACAAUGUAUGCCAGGGGUAAUGUAAGUUGAGCUGGGCCGCAGCGUACAUGGAAUUUGUCUAUGAAGAGGGCCUUUGACCAAUGUGCAUUUCUUAGCCACCUCUUGCACACUCUCCAACCAUUAUGCAUCUACUCUUUUUGGCAAUGCAAAUUGCAGGCGUAGGGGGCGGUGCAGGGCUGCAGUGGAGGGCAAAGGGUUAAGUCCCCUUCUAAUGGGCUCGCAGGGUCCAAUUGCCUAUUGAAACCCCUUUAAGUAGGCAGCAAGCAGCAUUUAACCUAGUGAAUUUUGGUUAGAGGGUAGACUUGUUGCAACCAUGCACAGAGAUGCUGUUGUGUGUGGUAGGAUCUGCAUUAGUUGGAUAGAAAAAAGGUUUCUAGUACUAGUCUGGAGAAGAACAGGGCAGCCAUGCUUGUUCUCUCAUAGUUAAAGAUAACCUCUAAUUUUGAGGUCCAGGAUAGAAGUGGGAGGAGGAGGAGGUUGUAAAAAAAGAAAGAACAAAGGAUGCAACCUGAGAGUAUCAGUCUAAACCACGACAGAUCAGCUGAAGUUAAAGAUACGGGGACAGCCUGGGGGUCCUUAACUCUUGUCUAACACCAUGCAAAGCCCUCUUCUGCAAGCUGAGUUGCACCCCUCUAUCCUCUCCAUUCCAGGGACUGCAUGGUGAAGGGUGGGCAACAAAUCGAAUAAUAAUCCAGACUCCGUCCGCAACACCUGCAAUUUGCUGCUUUCUCCCUCCCUCUUGGCUUCGACUUAUAGAACUUUAAGUGUCUAAGGACCACCUCUCUCCAUAUGUGCCUCUUCUGAAGGAUGUUCAAAGGGUGGCAACACGAGAAUGGGCCUUUUCGGUGGUGGCUCCCCAUUUGUGGAAUGCUCUCCCCAGGGAAACUUCCCUGGCACCUUCACUACAUAUCCUUUAGGCACCAGGCAAAAAUGUUUCUAUAUAACCUUUGGCUGCUGAACAGUCUAUGGCAGGGGUGCCCAAACUUUUUUCAAAAAGGGCCAGAUUUGAUGACGUGAACAGGUGUGAGGGCCAACCAAGUUGAGCUUUUUUACAAUUUUACCCCAAGGUGGUUGAGCUUUUUUUAGGAUUGAAGUUGCUGAACUUUUUUUUUAGUGCCACAGAGGCUGGAUUAAAUCGACCAGCAGGCCAAAUUAGGUUCCCGAAAUGGACUUUGGACAUGCCUGUUGUAUGGCCUUUAAAAUGUUGGAAGGGGGUUUAUUGGUUUGUUCUUGUUUUUAUUUUAUUAUGUGUUUUGUGUUCUCAUUUUAGAAUUUUUAUGUUGUGAGCCGCCCUGUGAUCUUCGGAUGAAGUGUGGUGUCUUAUGACGACACACUUUGUGGGCCCAGUCACCUAAUGUGGUGUUGGGCGGAAUUAAUUUGAACACCUGAAUUCAGAUUUGGUCUGAACAAAGCAGUGUGUACUUAUUUAAUUGGUUUGAACAGACUUCAAGGGGUUGUUGAUGAGGCCCCAGUGUGCCUGCUUGUAGCACUAGUGAAAAGGCUCAAAGAAUAAACGGAGAGGUUUUUUCUCUAUCCCUGAAUCUUUUAAGAGCAGUCCACCAACACACACAUCUAAUAAGGGAUGACAAGAAUACCGGCCUACCUUGCAAGGGUGCUGUACCUGUCCCACUUUGAUCCUUCACAUCAUACCUAACUCUCAGUGCAUUUAUCCAUGGUGCAAAACCCUGAUGGAUUAUGGGUGAAUUCUAGCAGAGUCUUAAUUCCAGGAAUGGGGGAGCCUCAGCCCGGGGGCCAUAAGGUGGCCUAUGUGGCUGACCCUCAGGACUCCUCCCAAACUUCACACCUCACCAACCCUGCUUUGCACCUCUUUUGAGUGUUUUUGCCUGGCUGAAAUAUGUCUUUGCAAGUUGAUAAUGCCUCUUCCUUGUUGGAAGAAAGGAUAGAGAGGACUGUGUGAAUGUAUGCAGAAUCCUCCCUGUCGUGCAAAGGCAAAUUAUAUAUUUUUCUCUGCCCUUUACUUUUGCCUCUGAGAAAAUGAGAGAAUCCAGUGAUUUAAGAUGUUGCACAGAACUUUCGUUGUGAUACUACUCAACCUCUCCCUGUUUUCUUUUCCUUUUUUUUUACAAAAAACAACCCUCCUGUUUAUAUAACUGUUUUUAAAAAUAGAAAUCAGUUCAGGUCUCAGACAUCCCCAACAAGGGUUCAAAAGUGGGGGAGUGAGGUGGGGGAGAGUUGUUUUAUUUCCUAGAAGACUUGGGGGGCCAUUAGAAGGUGCCAGGGAGAGAGAUUCACAUCAGUAUGGAAAGCCUGGCUUCAGUCUUGAGUGUGUGAAGAGGAGGAAUCUGUGACCUUUCGGUUUAAUCCUGUUUCAUAACUCCCCCCCCCCUUUCUGAAUUGAUGGGUCCCUGAACGCUGCCUCCUGGUGGAGUUUGGGGGCUCGAGGCGAAUUUGCUUAAAACUUCCUUAAUAUUAUUGUGCUUCUGGAAGCAAGUCUGGCUGAGUGUGUUGAGGCUUCCUCCUACGUAAGUACGCAUAGAAUUGCAGCCUGCUCUGUGUUUUUCGUCGUGGAACCGCAGUGUCGGAAGGGCACCCCCAAAGGUCCUCUAGUCCAACCCCCUGCAGUGCAGGAGUCGCAACUAAAGAAUCCCUAACAGACAGGCACCCGACCUCUAUUUAAAACUCUCCACUGUGUCUUAACUCAGGCCUUAACACUUCAGGCCUUCUGUGAAAUGGGUUUGGGGGAACCGUAUUUUGUUGCAGUAGCCCAUAGCCAUUAGCUUCACCUGGCUUCACCUGCCUGCUGUUCCAUGAGAGUCUUACCUCUUUGCAGAGUAGACUAGGACUGUAGACUCAGGCUCCUGUUCAUUCUCCAUUUACUGCAUUCCUAGUGCUGAGGUUUUAAUCCCGCCUUCACACAACCGUUAUCUGAAAUGCCUGUGUACCCUGUGUAAAAUGCUACUGUUUAAGAUACUGUUAUUCAAACCAUCUUCCCUCCAGUUCGAGUCCUUAAGCCAUUUCUAGUUCAACUCUAGCUCAGGUGUGGACACAGUUUCAAAGACAAAGCACUCAAAGGCUGCAUUACAUGGGGGUUGGACUAGAUGACCCUUGGUGCCCCCUUCCAACCCGACAAUUCUAUGAGAGGCCUGGCUUUGGGAGCAGGGUCAGAUAAAGAAGCCCUGGGGGUCAUGCCCCGUCCUUGGGCCUGAGGCAGACAGUGCCAAGCAAGAUGGCCUAACGGUGUUAAGAUUGCCUCCAAUACAAAAACAUUUAUGCGUUGUAGAGGGUUGGGCUAGAUGACCCCGUCCAACUCCACAAUUCUGCUUACCUCAGAACCACAGUAGCAAAGUGGUUUGAGUUGCGGGUUGGAGCUUGGUUCCUCGCUCACAGGGCUGUUGCGAGGAUGAAAUGCAACGGGGUGAUAGUGUGGGAUGAACCAUAUACAGCAGUACCUCAGUUUUUGAAUGUUUCAGAAGUUGAACCUUUUGGUUUUCAAGCGCCAAAAACCCAGAAGUAAAUUCUUCUGUUUUUGAAUGCUCCUCAGAAGUUGGACAGCUUCCGCUGAGUGUUUCUCAAUUUUCUCAAUUAAAUUUGCAGACCGCCCUUUGCACCUCAGUUUUCAAACAUUUCGGAAGUCAAACAGUCUUCUGGAACAGAUUACGUUCGAAAAACAAGGUGCCACUGUAUAUGCUCUUAUUUUGAGGGAUGAUUUUUAAAAAAAAUAAAAAAAACCAGCACUGAGAGUGACCUUGCCACUCCUUUUUUAAAAAUGAGUGUUUGGGGGGAGGCACACUGCACAUGCUCAGAGGCUUGAGGUUCCACGUGUUUAAAAACUUGGCAGCCCCUAAGAUGUACUGUCAGCCCAGUGUGGUUUGAGAAGGCCCCAGGCGCUCCUCCUUGGACAGCUUGUGGCUGGCUCCAAAUUUCAGGCCUCCUGCGGAGCAGCCUGGGGGGGGGGCUUCUCUUCCUUUCUCUCCUCCCCCACCCCAGUUUCCCAGACUGUGGCGGGUGGGGGGCACGGAGGGUCUGGAGAGAGCAAGAGACAAUGGCUGGCAGUGUUGUCUGGAGAGGGUCGGACAAUGGGCUACGGUGGGUGGUUCUGUAAGCUUUUGAGAAUUGCUGGGGGAUUUGAGGCAGGGAGGCCUGUGAGAAUCUGCCGGAGUGUAAAACUGGCUCCUUGGCAGAACAGCCGUUCCCAUUUUCAGGGCGCUGUUCCUGGAAGGAGGCUUCUGUUCUGACUACCACCUCCCCAGUCGAUCUUGGGUUUUCUUGCAAAAUGAAGCUUCUGGCCCAGUGUUCUUUUCAAAGUGUUCUUGCUCUUUCCUGAAUCGAAACUUGCAGGCUCAGUUACCGUAUACUCAAAAAGGCCUGCACACGCUCUCUUAUUUAAAAAAAAUAAUUGAUGGGAUAGCUGGCUGCAGAAUGAACGAGAGUCCGCCGCCUCUCAAGGGAGUCCGUUCCACAGUCAAACAGCUCUUACUGUCAGAGAGUUCUUGCUGAUAUUUCCCAUACAGUGGUACCUCUGAAUGCAAACAGGAUCCGUUCCGGAGCCCCGUUCGCAUCCUGAAGCGAACGCAACCCGCAUCUGCGGGUUGCGAUUUGCCGCUUCCGCGCAUGUGCUUGACGUCAUUUUGAGCGUCUGCGCAUGCGCGAGCAGCGAAACCUGGAAGUAACGCGCUCUGUUACUUCUGGGUCGCCGUGGAGUGCAACCCGAAAAUGCUUAUCCCGAAGCUACUUCAACCCGAGGUAUGACUGUAAUGGGAAUCCCCUUUCUUGUAACCUGAUUCGUUGGUUUGGGUCCUCCCCUCUAGAGCAGCAGAAAACAAGCUUGCUCCCAUCUUCUGUGUGGCAGCACUUCAGAUCACUUGAAUAUGGGGAAGAAGAUGCUGUAGCUCAGGGACAGAGCAUUUGCUUUGCAUGCAGAAGGUUCUGGGUUCGAUCCCCACUGCUAGUCACUGUGGACCAUAAUACGCUAGAUGGAUCAAUAGCUUGACUUUCUCUCAGACCGUUUCCCUUGUUCCUAGUUUGGAUAGUGCAUAUAAAAAAACAACAGUAAGACAUGGGAAUUUGUGACACAAUAGGAGGCAGGGGGAGUUGCAGGUUGGGGUUUUGGUGUGUGUUUUCUUUUAACAUGUUCUCUCUGAUCACUUGAAAGCAACUUCUGAUCACCCCAGGCGAGUUGUCUGUUUACAAGCCUGAUCUAACCACUCAGGCCUUGCCCUUGCUUUGCAUCUUGGCACAGAUCCUGCCCUGCAGGCAAAGGCAAACUGGGGUGUGCCUGGCCUCUGAGCAAGCAGAGAUUCCCCACCUACUUGUAAAACAGCAUCCCUUGAAAGGGAACUCUCCAAAGCCCCAGGAGAAGGGAUUUAAUCGCCUCCGCCCCCAUACAACUGCCAUUCUCCCCCUCCUCUUGCAAAACAACAUAGCCUUUGGGCUGGGUGCUGUAAUGGUUUAUAAAGGGCCUGUGUGCUCUCCAGGGAUUUAUUGAGGUAUGCAGUAGCUGGCAUUGCUAAUCCGCAAUGGUGGACCAUAGAGUAUCUGCCAUGCAUACCAAAAGUCCCAGGUUCAGCUGGGAGAGACUCAUGUCUGAAAUCCUGGAGAGCUGCUGCCAAUCAGUGUGGACAAUACUGAACUAGAUGGACCAAUGAUCUGGCUUGGCAUCAGUGUUCAAAAUUCGCCAGGUGCAUUUUGCACCAGGCUAUCGACCAAGUGAAGGUGCCAGGGUGGUGCCUUACAUCUCCACCAGCUGGAGGUGCAUGCCUGAGGAUCCUUGGAUCUGGACUGUUUACACACACUAACAACACAUCCUAUAGAUUUCUACCAGUUAUACUUCUAUCUGCACAAUCAGAAUGAAUUUCAGGAACCAAAAUGCUUCAGCUGUGCAGCCUGAGCAGGAGCAGUCGCCAUUAAGAAAAAGAGGUCGGAUUAGGCCAAUUUAUAUGUGGACUGGUCCUGGAUCAAGAGACUUUCAUUCUUUAAGUUCUCAAAAUUCUUAACCUAGGCUCAUGGCUGUCAUCUGAACUAGCCAGAUGUUUAACUGAGAAACCCAUCAUUUGAAAAAGAAGAGUUUAGAGCCGCCUGGCUGAAAAAAGGGCAACUAGACAUUCCGCUUUGGCAACCGCAACCUUUGCCCAAGGAGCCUAACACUGCUUGGUUUAAAGCAGACUCCGUGUUCCUAUUUAAAGCAGGCCUUUAUUUAAAGCCACGAGGACUGGAAUAUUUAUUUUUUAAGGGAAGAGCCGUAGCUCAGUCAUAGAGUGCCUGCUUUGCAUGCAUAAGGUUCCAUCUUUGGCGUCCACAGGUAGGGCUAAGGACGUCCUUUGUCUGAAAUCCUGGGAGGCUGCUGCAAAUCUCAUUUCUGAGCUCAAUAGGCUCAGGGGUAUAAGGCAGGUUCCUUUGCCCUUCCUAUGGAAACGCUUCUCCAUUCUGCAGUUACUUGGGUCAUCCGCCGCCUCCUUCCUUCCUGCCGGUGCCAGUUUGCUUGCUGAGCUUCCUGUUUUGAGCAUGAUGGCUCUGCGCUCUGCCUGCACAGUCACAAUUCUUCUGAAUGCUCCUUGCUGGAAACCGCAAGAGGGGAGAACGGGCUCUUGUACUCAGAGGUCCUGCUUUUGGGUUUUCCACCCCGGGCAUCUGGUGGGCCACUGCAAGAACAGAAUGCUGGACUCGAUGGGCCACAUGUCUGAUCCAGCAAGCUCCUCUUUAUAUCAUUAUGUUUUGUGGGUUGUUUUCAUGGUCUGGCAUACUUAAAACUUUUUCUGGCUUUUCUAGCAACCCAACGACUUGUAGGUGCCAGGGCUGUUGCAGUCUUCUAUUCCAUUCCUGCAAACCCUUGUCUAGGGAUGCUUCUUGUAAAGCCACAUUCUUCUUGUGUUGUUGUUUUUUUUAAACCAACCUACCUGAUUUGCCUUACCAGAAUGAUAAGAGUCAACCGGGGUUGGUUGAAGACUUAGCUGGCUAGUGUCAGUGUUAAAAAAAACUGCUGGAACAGGAGCUGCGCUAGGAUGCGUUUGGGAAGGGCCACCGCUCUUUUGUCUCCACCUAACCAUCUCUGGGCCAAGGAACACGGCCUGAGAAUUCCCGUGUAGUUUGCUAAAUGCUCACUACCGCCUGCUCUGCUUGUUCUGCAGCAGCCCAUCCUACUUGCUCCUCAGCUGGUGCAGCGUGUUCCUGGGAAGGGCAGUUUCUAAAAACCACCUAUAAUGGGUAAUUAGCCCAAGCCGUACACCGCAGAGUGUGUCCAGGGUUCAUUGCAGGCAGGCAUUUACAUGCAAGUGUUCUGGAAGUGAAAAGCAGCGCACACACACACACACACCCACACACACCCACACCCCACUCCAAUUUAUUGCAUGGGGCUGCAGCUCAGAUACAGAUAUGAGAUCACGGUCUUCUCCAACUGAAAGCAGGUCCUUGGCUGAGACAUUAGAGGGUUAGUGCCAGUUUCAUAAGAGAAAGAUUCUCCCCUGACUUUUUGUCUGUUGCGUUUAUAUUAUUUCAGAAAAGUCUCUAUUUUUCUGGUUAUGAUAGGAUUAUAUUGCCUUGACGUUUAAUAAAAUAGUUUUCUUUUUUCUUUUUUAAAGAAACAAUUUUUAUUUCAAGCUUUCGCUUUUGUCUUUAUAAUUUUUUUCUAAAAACCUCUUAAAGUCUAGAGAAAAAUGAGUACUAUAAGUUGUACCCUGAUGUUAAUCUUACUCAGAGUAAACCCACUGGAAUUAAUCAACGUGACCAACCUGGGCUCAUUAAUUUCAGUGGGUCUACUCUUAAGUAGAACUUAGCUGUCUGCCAAAAAAAGCACUUCAAACAAACCGAGCUAUUUGUAAGAACCUUCAGCAUAUGCAUUUCUCUGUAACGUUAAAAUUUCAACAAAAAAAGGAGGCAGCAACAUGGUACCCAUGGUAUUUUUGGGAGUUCAAAUUCAGCAUGUGCUCCUGAGGUUUCCUGGAGAGCCAGGCUGAUGCUCCUCCCUCAUGUUUCCUUCCAGCACUACAGAUCUAUGAUUCUAUGAUUCUCUUUCUUUAGGUCUGUGUGUCUUUGCUCUAUCUAGCCUUCCGAGGUACACAAAACCCCCACACAGCCGCCAUGGCAAACAGAGGCCCCGCUUACGGACUCAGCAGGGAGGUUCAGAACAAGAUCGACAAGCAGUAUGACGACGAACUGGAGCAGAUUUUAAUCCAGUGGAUCGUUGCCCAGUGUGGGCCGGAAGUCGGGCAGCCCCAGCCAGGCAAGAAGAACUUCCAAGAGUGGCUGAAAGAUGGAACGGUAAGGAGUUUGGUGUGGCUUCAUUCAGCCUAGAAGGUUUGGGGUCCCUCUGUCGUUACAAAAAGGCAAUCUAAGUCAUGCAGUGCCUUUAAGGAGAGGGUGCAGGUAUUCAUUGGUGUGAGCUCCCAUGGGCUAGAGCAGGCAAGCUUCAGGUUUGCCUGAUCUAUUCCAUUUCGUACAAGAUCUACUAACUGGAGCCUAGUGCUGCUGCUCAGAGCAGCAUUCGAAAUUCGCCAGGCACAUUUUGCAUCUAACUAUUGGCCACUUGCGGCCAAGCGGUGCCAGGAUGGCGUCUGACGGCUCCACCAUCUGGAGGUGCCUGCCUGGGGAUCCUUGGAUCUUGACUGCUUUCACGACACUCGCAACAUGCCCUUUAGAAUUCUGCCUGAUAUAUUUUAUCUGCACACAAUCGGAAUGAAUUUCAGGAACCGAAAGGUCGUAUUGAAAAAUACAACUUCCGAGCUUCCUGGCCCCAAAAUGACAGCUGAACAUUUCGUUUUGGCAGCAGUAACCCUGGUUUAAGGAACCAUUUGGUGCCUAGCUUAUUUAUCCGAGUUUCUAACACUGACUCAGAGUGUUAGACCUUUGAAACCCUAAACAGCCGCAGUCCAGUAUACCUGAAGGAGCAACUCCACCCCCAUCGUUCAGCCCGGACACUGAGGUCCAGCGGCGAGGGCCUUCUGGUGGUUCCCUCACUGCGAGAAGUGAGGUUACAGGGAAUCGGGCAGAGGGCCUUCUCAGUGGUGGCGCCUGCCCUGUGGAACGCCCUCCCAUCAGAUGUCAAGGAAAUAAACUACGAUCUGACUUUUAGAAAACGUCUGAAGGGCAGCCCUGUUUAGGGAAGUUUUUAAUGUUUGAUGUUUUAUCGUGUUUCUAAUAUUCUGUUGGGAACUGCCCAGAGUGGCUGGGGAAACCCCAGCCAGAUGGACAUGGUAUAAUUUUAUUAUUAUUAUUAUUAUUAUUAUUAUUAUUAUUUAUUAUAACAGACUCCAUUUUCUUCCUGGCCCCUGAUUAGGUGUUAUGCCACCUCAUCAACAGCCUUUGCCCCAAGGGACAGAAGCUGGUGGCGAAGAUCCAGAGUUCUAGUAUGGCUUUCAAGCAGAUGGAGCAGAUUUCUCAGUUCCUGCGUGCAGCCGAGCAGUAUGGCAUCCAGGCCACAGACAUAUUCCAGACGGUGGACCUCUGGGAAGGUACAAAGUAUUUGCAGCGGAGGGCAGGGAGAAGGAGGGAGGGCAGAGGGAGCAUCUCUGAGGGGAAACCACGUGUGAUCUAAGGCAGGGGUGGGGAGCCCAUAGGCCACCUCACCUGGCUCCCAGCCUCCCCAAGCCUAGCCUUCCCCAACUCCUCCCUGACUGCAGUUAGGGUUGAAGGCUGUCCCUCAAAGCCUGCCUGCUAUGGGGCGGCAGUCUUCCAGAAGAGCGCAUCAGGGCUCUGCAGUGUUAAUGCUCCCUCCCACAGCUGCAGUCUCCAGGAAAGUCUCCCCAUUCCCUCUUGGCAAUUAGGGAUGGAAAGGAAAAGAAACCUAGAUUGCUUUUUUCAGCAAGUAAAGGGCAGGCAUGAAGUCGCCUCACCACUUUGACUUGGGGGGCUGGCAUUCUGCUUGGAAAUGACAUUUCUGAUUUGAGCUAGUAUAUGGAUCAUUGAAUCCUCCAUUUCUAAAGGGUCGAGGGCAGAAAAACAGGAGCAAGGCCAAGGAAGUGUCUCUUUUGGCACAACUUUUAAAAACAACGCAGAUCUCUGCCAAAUCGGUCCACUUUAUAAAAUAAGCUCCUUGCCGUUUGGAGAAGUUAAGAUCAGAGCUUCCAUUUUUGCCUAACCUGCAUUGCGGGAUGAGGGUGGAUUCUUAAUGGCCUGUUUGGUGUUUGGUAGAGUGCUUUUACUUAGCGACAUUUCUAUCUCACCUUUCCUCCAAGGAGCUCAAGGUUGUGUAGAUUGUCCCCCCCCCCUCCAUUUUAUCCUUACAACAACCCUGUGAGGUAGGCUGUGAGACUAAGAGGUCUCCCAGUGAACUUCUUUGCUAAGUGGGGAUUUGAACCCAGGUCUGCCUAGUCCAAAACUCUAGCCACUACAUUACACUGCCUCUUGCUUUAGGUAAAGGUAAAGGGACCCCUGACCAUUAGGUCCAGUCGUGACCAACUCUGGGGUUGCAGUGCUCAUCUCGCUUUAUUGGCCAAGGGAGCCGGCAUGCAGCUUCCGGGUCAUGUGGCCAGCAUGACUAAGCCGCUUCUGGCGAACCAGAGCAGCGCACAGAAACGCCGUUUACCUUCCCGCCAGACUUCUACUUGCCUUCUACUUGCACUUUGACGUGCUUUCAAACUGCUAGGUUGGCAGGAGCAGGAACCAAGCAACGGGAGCUCAUCCCGUCACGGGGAUUUGAACCGCCGACCUUCUGAUUGGCAAGUCCUAGGCUCUGUGGUUUAACCCACAGCGCCACCCACGUCCCAGACUCUUUCUUUACCCAGGAUUAAUUCCCAGCCAUCUCCAAUCAAAAGGGCCUUGGGUAGAAAGUAGUGUGGAAAAACUCCCCCUGCCCUAGAGAGCUGCUGCCAGUCUGUGCUGAGCAGACUGCGCUGGACUUGGUGGUUUCAGCCUUCUUGCAAAGCAGCUUUUUGUGUAACUGUUGCUGCUUCCUGGUGAUGGUGAGCCGAAACAGGAAAAAAUUAUGGGGAAACGAUGCAAGAUCGCCUUGCCUAACUUGUAAAAGGGGGUGGCCUUUUGCAGUCCUUGGCCUCAGCACUUUAGGGUCUCUCCAGACUGUAAAAGAGCACAGUGCUCCUGCUUGAUCUUGAGAAUGGUGUUAAGGUUGGACAUGGUGCAUAUAUUUGAUCAACUUCUGAAUUCUUCCAACCCACAGCUAAACACAUGGCCAGCGUGCAGAGAACCUUGAUGAACCUGGGAGGCUUGGCGGUCUCUAAAGGAGACGGCCUCUUCGUUGGGGACCCCAACUGGUUUCCUAAGUAAGUGCUGUGGCAAGAGGGUGUGUGUGUGUGUGUGUGUGUGUGUGUGUGUGUGUGCUAACUCCAUAUUGGAUUCAAAUUUGUAAGGCAUGGAAUAAGGGAAGAAAAUCACUGUUCACCGUAGGGUUGUUCUGUAACAAUCCCAGAAGUAGUUGCAUUAUAAUGCUUCCAAAAAGCACUCUGUAACAUUACAGUGGUACCUUGGUUGUUGAAGUUAAUCCGUUCCAGGAGUCCAUUUAACUCCCGAAAACCAAGGCGUGGCUUCCGAUUGGCUGCAGGAGCUUCCUGCACUCAAUCAGAAGCCGCGUCGGACGUUCGGCUUCCGAAAAACGUUCACAAACCGGAACACUUACUUCCAGGUUUGUGGCGUUUGGGAGCCAAUUUGUUCAGGAUCCAAGCCAUUUGACAACCAAGGUACCACUGUAUUCAGUCAUCACUGGGACAACCUUGUUGGGUAAGCCAGUAUUAUUCCCAUUUAGCUACUGUGAGAAGAGGAAGGUUGAGUGACAAUGGCAGGAGAUGAGAGGCUGCUGCUGCACAUUAAAAACAUUUUAAAACUUCCCAAUACAUGGCUGCAUAACGUCAUUUAUCCAUUGCACUUCAGCUGGCGGCUCGGAGUCUGCUGCUGCACAGGUGAUGACUUUGUGGUGCUCUAGACCACAGCAUAUCUGGCCCUAUGCCUUCCAGAUUUAACUCCUAGCUCCCAGCCUCUGUGGCGAAUGAUUGGAUAUGAUGGGAUUUGCAGAGAGCACCACAUUGGCCAUCCCUGCUCUGGAUAUUGUUGGACUCAGCCAGCAUGGCCAGUGGUAGGGGAUGCUGGGAGGUACAGACCAGAAACAUCGGGGGGACGGACGGUCUGACAGGUCAGAUUUCCCCCCUCCCCAGGCACACGCUGCAAUGCUGGAUCACAACCGAAUUUGGACGGUGGGGGAUUACAGGGGUGUGUUUUAACUAUUAUCAAUUUUCAUAUGCUAUUGAAUAACCAUAAAACACCUGGUAGCCAAGAAUGAAAUUGCUCCAUAAUGAAAGUCUCAGGCAAAACCACUAUUUUACAAGAAAAUUAGGUCCUAUGAUACAGCCUUUUGUCUUCCUUGAGGACCUAGUGAGGAGAGGAAUGUAGAUAUUACUGUAAUGUCACCUUUUCAGUUUCUGUAAGCUUGGCUUACAGAAAAAUUACAAAUAAACAAUUCAGGGUAAAAGCAGCAUAAAAACAAAAGUCGGAAUGGACUUUCCAAAUGGUCAUAAAACUGUGUUAAGUUUCUUGAGCGGAAAGGUCUGGAGAAAACAGUUGCAUGUUUUUGAAAUCUGGUGCUCAAAAAAAUGUUGCUGGAAGAAAGCCCACUGGGGUUCAGUCCUCUGGAUCUGCAGGGAGGGAGACUUGAGAGAGACUCCCGUAUCCAACUCCAGAGAGACUAAUGGUCUGAUUCAGUGUAAAGCAGCUUCAUAUGUGAUUGGAUGGUGCUUUAGCUAUCUAGUUCCUCUAAGCCACAGUUUCCCAAACUUGGGUCUCCUGCUGUUUCUGGACUACAAUUCCCAUCAUCCAUGAACACUUGUCCUGCUAACUAGGAAUGAUGGGAGUUGUAGUCCCAAAGCGGCUGGAGACCCAAAUUUGGGAAACCCUGUUCUAAGCUGAACAAAGACAAGCAAUAUGAAUGGACCGAGUUAUAAUCUUUUAGAAUAUCCUUUUAAAAAAACAAACCUCCUAGGCUAUGUCCUCUGCAAUGAUGUGUGUGCUUGUUUCUUUCUACCCCUCACUUCCUGCCUUCCCCCUUCCCCCCCCCGACAGGAAGUCCCAGGAGAACCGCCGUGCCUUCCCAGAGGACAAGCUCAAGGAAGGGCAGAGCGUCAUCGGUCUGCAGAUGGGCACCAACCGGGGAGCCUCGCAAGCGGGCAUGACGGGCUACGGCAUGCCACGCCAGAUCCUUUGA